UAUACAACAUGUUCGAUCAUUUCCCCUAAAUUCAUAGCUAACCCCUUCCCAUUUCCUUAAUCUAUAUACAACCUAUUCUCCUUCAUUAGCAAUGGCUCUCGUAAAUCUCAUCUUUAAAUUGCUCUUCUUGGUGUCACUAGUGUAUUCCAAAGUUACACUUGAGAAUUCUGGUUUUGAAUCUCCACCAACAAAUCUAACCACAAACUCUACAUCACAAUUCAUACUCCUUGAUACGAAAACCAACCGUAUCCCAGGUUGGUUAUUCAACGGCACAGUUUGGUACGUGACAGCUGGCGAAAAUGUUUCUCUACCUGGAAACGGUCAUGGAGUGCAAUUAGGUCCAAACGGCAUGAUUAACCAAACAUUCAAGCCGGAUGGAAAUUAUGAUUAUGUCAUCACGUUUACACUAGCUCCAAGUAGUCCGGAUUGUGCCAACGCCACUUCAGUAAAUGUUUCGGGCCCUAGUGCUUCUGAAGUAUUCUUCUUCAGAGAAUCACUAGGGACCGAAAUGUGGCAAACAUAUGCUUAUUCGUUAUGGAGCCAAGAAAACAAAAAGGGUUUGAUGAGCCUACAAAUUCAAAGUAAUAGUAAUAGUAAUAAUAUAACUUGUUGGCCUAUUGUCGACACUAUUCUGGUUACCGGGAUCCACGGUCCAAGGUGGUAUUCAGAUAAUGGGUUUGUGAAUAGUGGAUUCGAAGUGGGGCCAGCCGUUAUUGGGAACUCCUCUCAAGGAGUCCUACUUGAGGCUGAUUCCAGCUAUCCUGACAGUUCAGUACAAUCUCCGCUCCAAUAUUGGACCAUUUUAGGUAUAGUAAAAUAUAUCGACUCAAAACACUAUGCCGUCCCACGUGGAGGUCGAGCAGUUGAGUUGGUUUCUGGUAAUCCAUCGGGGAUCGUGUCAAGUGUAGGCUUUUUGAAGCAUGGGCAAGUUACCAUUGAUUUCAUCAUGGGUGAUGCCAAUGACUCAUGUGUUGGUGAUUUUUUAGUGUUUUUGCAAGUUGGAGACACAAUGAUAUGGAACUUUACAAUGAGGAGCAUUGGUGUUGGAUCGAGAGAAGCACAUUCUGUGACUUUCAAGGCAGAAUUUAGCAACACUGAAACGGUUCUGAUAAGUUUUACUAGCUUCAACGAGACCCGAACCAGUAACAACGUGUUAUGUGGACCUGUGAUUGAUAGCACAGUACUUCGGUUUUCUAAUGGAUUACAUUCAAAAGCACAUAAGCACAUCGGAUUGGAAUUUCGAGCCAUUGUAGAACCUGAUGAUUAA